UGAUAUCUAUUAUUUAAUGAAUAAAAUAUUCCCCGGCGCCGUGUUCUUGCUCGCUACUUAUCUUCUUCUUCAAUCCCAUAAAUCGGAAUUGCUAUUUUUCUUAACCUAAUUCGUUUCUUCGCGAUCAAAGCACAGAUUUUCAAUUUUAGUGAAUUUUCAAUUUUAAGGCAUGGCUACUCUCAACGGAAAAGUUUCUCCGUAUUCUGAAGAAAACAUCAAAUUCAAGUAUGAUGAUUAUGAUGAUGAUGAUGAUGAUGAUGGUUAUGGAGAUGGACCUAAAUGGUCUGUUCAAUCAAACCCCACAAAGAAGGAACCGGAGUAUCCGAUUAUCGACUCUGGAGAUUAUGUUGAUGACGGAUAUGAUUCAGCUGACGAGCUCUCUACGACGCCGAUUCAAGGAAAUGGUAAACCUGAAGUAAACUUGAAAAACGUUUUAACUGGGUUGAUUGCUAUUGUUACUGGGCGGAACAAGGACGUAAGGGGUUCUUUAGAUCAGAAAAUCCCUUCUUCGAAUGUUUCGUUUCUUGGCUCUGGCAAGAACGGAGAUACUUAUGUUCACUCGUCUGUUUACAUACCGAGUGCUCCGCCUCUACUUGAACCUAGUGGGAUUAAUUACAGUGUUUACAAGGAGUUGCUUGAAGCUGAACCUCCUGAGUGGCUACCUGAUAGUUUAGCUACUACUUGCAUGCAGUGUUCUACUCCUUUUACUGCAAUCACGUGCGGUAGACAUCAUUGUCGGUUCUGCGGAGGGAUAUUUUGUAGAAACUGUUCGAAAGGGAGGUGUUUGAUGCCUAGUCGGUUUCGGGAAAGGAAUCCUCAGAGAGUGUGUGAUUCUUGCUACGAGAGGCUUGAUCCUUUGCAAUGUGUUCUUAUUAACUCUAUUAGUAAUGCUAUGCAAGUAGCCAAGCAUGAUGUUGUGGAUUGGACUUGCUCAAGAGGAUGGUUGAAUCUCCCUGUUGGUCUAUCCAUGGAAGAUGAAAUUUAUAAGGCAGCUAAUACGUUGAGAGGUUACUGCCAGGUAGCAAGACUAGACCCUGAGAAAUCCAUACCACAUGCAGUUCUUAGUCGAGCUAAAGGUUUGGCAAUCAUAACGGUUGCUAAGGCUGGGGCUUUACUGUCAUACAAACUCGGUACUGGUCUGGUAAUAUCUCGGAGACCAGACGGGUCAUGGUCUGCUCCAUCUGCGAUACUCUCAGUAGGUCUAGGAUGGGGUGCUCAGAUUGGAGGUGAGUUGAUGGACUUCAUAAUUGUGCUGCAUGAUGUGAAAGCGGUGAAGACGUUCUGCAGCAGAAUGCACUUCUCUCUAGGCGCGGGAUGUAGUGCAGCAGCAGGACCUAUCGGUAGAGUGCUGGAAGCUGACCUUCGUGCUGGUGACAAAGGCUCUGGUGUCUGCUAUACUUACAGCCGUAGCAAAGGGGCAUUUGUGGGAGUAUCUCUUGAAGGAAAUGUGGUGGCAACACGAAGGGACAUGAAUGUAAAGUUCUAUGGCGAUCCAUACCUAACCACAACAGACAUUCUACUUGGGAUGGUGGAUCAACCGAAGGCAGCUGAACCGUUGUACACUGCCCUCAGGGACCUCUAUGCUCGAUUGCGUCCAUAAUCUCCAUUCACAUUACAAACUACUCUUUGUAUAUAAACGCUUCUCAAAUUCGUUUCAUAAGUUCGUUACUAUUUAAGUGUACAUGUACAUAAAUUGUUUCUACGCUGCACCAAACUGUGAACGAUUUGGGAUUUAUUCAUUUUAUCAAAGCUUGUUUACCUUUUUUAAAUCA